AGCGGUCUUCCUGUGGAUGUUGGUCUGAGUGAAACUAAGUUAAGAAGAAUAACUUCGGGGGUUAAAUGGUUAACCCUCCCCCGGUCUGCCAGGUUUGGUUGAGUCCAGGGUUCCGGCAGAUCCAAGAUGGCUGACUGAGCCGAGAUGUGCUAAAGUUCACUUUUAACUCUAAACGCCGAAGCUUGUUAGCCUUCGUUUCUCUUGUCGGAUUGGUGUUGGUUGAGAACGAGUACUGGUCUCUUCCAUAUUGGGAUUAGAAGGUUUUCACAUCUGCAGAAUUUCAGGUGUCUUCUUUUGGGAUGUCCAGGCUAGGUGGCCUCAGGGGGCUCGGCCCCGAAACCCAGACCGCCAGCGGAGACAAUUGCACUGCUGAGAGUCAACACGAGCCUCUACAGAUGGAGACGUCCAUGUGUAGAGACACCAGCACAGCUGCUUGAAGGAGAGAACUGACCAGGCAGCACCUUUUGAACCGGAUAUUCAGGACCCAACUGGUCCUCGGACAGGGAUCAUCUGUGCAGCUUUUAUUCAGACAACUUCCAUUUACCCCUUUCAAGUCCCCUAAUAUUUCACCUUUCAUCCAUCAAGUAAUCAUCUAUCCUUCCCUCUCUCCCUCUUUUCAUUCAGUCAUCUUGUAAGUGCCGAGAUUUUGCGCUGCGGAGCUAGAGGUGGUGAGCGGGUAAUGGAUGAUGCUGGCCAUGGUGACCUAGUGUAAAUGGCUAUUCCUUCGCACAGCUCAGUGCCUGUCUCUACUGCUCAACCUUCCUCCUCCACUCCCCCUUCCUCUCACCCCUACUCCACCUCUCUGCCCUCCUCCCCCGUUCACCGCUGCUGCUUGCUGCCCAGUCCUGCCUCCCCCCUCCAACACCAUGGUAGGUGCAGGCUUGGGUGUGUGGAAGCUAAUGCGAGGUGUCCGCCAGCUGGAGCUUCAUCGCCUCAUCCUGGCACUUAUCAUCUUCUGCUUACUGUCCAUGGCCUUCCUAGCUUACUACGUGUCCAACAGCCCCAAAAUCAAGGAGGCCCCCCCUUUACCCUUCAGUGACUGUGGUGGAGGUGGCGGGAUGUCACCGGGAGCGAGUACUGGGGCCGCUGGAGGAGGGCCAGGUGUCCAGAGGGCACCCCUUUUCAUUCCUCAGCGUGAGGGCCGUUUACGACAGGUAAAGGCGGUGGACAAUUCCAGGACAGAGCCCGUAGUUCUGGUGUUUGUAGAGAGCAUCUACUCUCAGCUGGGCCAGGAGAUUGUAGCCAUAUUAGAGUCUAGCCGCUUCCACUACCGGACAGAGAUUGCUCCUGGUAAAGGAGACAUGCCCACAUUGACGGAGCAUAACCGUGGUCGCUACACACUGAUCAUCUAUGAAAAUGUAUUGAAAUAUGUCAAUCUGGAUGCGUGGAACCGUGACUUGCUGGACAAGUACUGUGCCGAGUAUGGAGUAGGUGUCAUUGGCUUUUUCAAAGCUAAUGAAAACUCUCUUCUCAGUGCACAGCUCAAAGGUUUUCCUCUUUUUCUACACUCGCACCUGGGUCUCAGGGACUAUCGCAUCAACCCCAAUGCUCCGCUACUCUACAUCACCAAGCCCAACCAGGUGGAGCAGGGCUCUUUACCAGGGGAUGACUGGACCGUUUUCCAGUCCAACCACUCUACCUAUGAACCAGUGCUUCUGGCCAGCACCAAGUCCUCUGAGGCACUGGCACAUUUUGGACCCAGCCCCUUGCGGGCUCUCCAUGCCACAGUGGUCCAGGACUUGGGGCUCCACGACGGCAUUCAAAGAGUUCUCUUUGGAAACAAUCUCAACUAUUGGCUUCACAAGCUGGUGUUUGUAGACUCCAUUGCCUACCUGACAGGGAAGAGACUGUGCUUGUCUUUGGACCGCCACAUCCUGGUGGACGUAGAUGACAUAUUCGUUGGCAAAGAGGGAACCAGGAUGAAGGUGUCAGAUGUGGAGGCGUUGCUCAACACUCAAAAUAAGCUGAGAGCACUGGUCCCUGAUUUCACUUUCAAUUUGGGAUUUUCUGGAAAGUUCUAUCACACAGGCACUGAUGAAGAGGAUCGGGGAGAUGACAUGCUACUGCAACAUAGGAUGGACUUCUGGUGGUUUCCUCACAUGUGGAGCCACAUGCAGCCUCACCUCUUUCACAACGUCAGCGUCUUGGCGGAGCAGAUGAGGCUCAACAAGAUCUUCGCUCAGGAGCAUGGCAUCCCAACAGAUAUGGGCUAUGCAGUGGCUCCGCACCACUCUGGGGUGUACCCAGUUCACAGCCAGCUCUAUGAGGCCUGGAAGUCUGUGUGGGACAUCAAGGUGACCAGCACUGAGGAGUACCCUCAUCUGAGGCCGGCUCGAUACCGACGUGGCUUCAUCCACAAUGGCAUCCAGGUGUUGCCCAGGCAGACCUGUGGUCUGUUCACCCAUACCAUCUUCUAUAAUGAAUACCCAGGAGGCUCAAAGGAGCUGGACAAGAGCAUCAGAGGAGGAGAACUCUUCCUCACUGUCCUCCUAAACCCUAUCAGUAUCUUUAUGACACACCUGUCUAACUAUGGCAACGACCGGCUGGGUCUGUACACCUUUGAGUCUUUGGUGAAGUUCGUCCAGUGUUGGACCAACCUCAGGCUGCAGACGUUGCCCCCCGUCCAGCUCGCUGAGAAAUACUUCCAGAUCUUCCCUGAGGAGAGAGACCCACUCUGGCAGAACCCUUGUCAUGACAAGCGACACAAAGAUAUCUGGUCUAAAGAAAAGACCUGUGACCGACUCCCCAAGUUCCUCGUCAUUGGACCACAGAAAACAGGCACCACAGCGCUUCAUUCAUUCCUGAGCCUCCACCCAGCAGUCACCAGCUCAUUCCCCAGCCCCACCACCUUCGAGGAGAUCCAGUUCUUCAGUGGAGCGUACUAUGACAAUGGGAUUGACUGGUACAUGGACUUCUUCCCAUUCCCUUCCAACGUCAGCACAGAUUUUAUGUUUGAAAAGAGUGCCAACUACUUUGACACGGAGGUGGCACCUAAGAGAGCUGCUGCCCUGCUUCCCAGAGCCAAAAUCUUGGCAGUGCUCAUCAACCCAUCUGACCGGGCCUACUCCUGGUACCAGCACCAGAGGGCCCACCAGGACCCUGCAGCCCUCAACAACACUUUCCAUACAGUGGUGACGGCAAGCCCCUCGGCCCCCAGGGACCUGCUGGCCCUUCAGAGACGCUGCCUUAAUCCGGGUCUCUAUGCAACUCACCUGGAGCGCUGGCUGCAACACUACCAGCCCAGCCAGUUGCACAUCGUGGACGGGGCCCUGCUGCGCUCCAACCCAGCACUGGCGAUGGAGGGAAUCCAGAGAUUCCUCAGUGUCACUCCUAUCUUCAACUACACCCAGGCUCUAAUGUAUGAUGACAGCAAAGGUUUCUGGUGUCAGCGGGUGGAAGGAGGUCGAGCCAAAUGUCUAGGGAAGAGUAAAGGCAGAAAGUACCCGGAGAUGAGCCCUGAGUCACGUGCCUUGGCCGAGUACUACCGGGAGCACAACAUGGAGCUGCUGCCGCUGAACCGGUUGGGCCAACCACUGCCGUCCUGGCUCCGCCAAGAACUCCAGAGCACGAGCUGGAGCUGAGGCCACAAAGCUUCCACACACACAGACAGACCAGCGCACCACAGAGUACCCGGGACUGGAUUCUGUGGAUGAGCCAACACUUGGAUGUGGAUUAAACUGGACUACCUGAUCUGGAAUCAACAGCAGCACACACUAAAAGGUUUUAGCUGAUGUUACUGGUGCUCCUGUUCCACAGAAAAAGAAGACUGUACGACAUGAGCUCUUUUUUAAAGUGUUGGUCACUGUUGGAGACUCCAACGGGGGGGCGGGGGUGGGGGGGCUGACAGUUUGCUGUGGAUCCAGAGGACUGGCUGACCAGCAGGUUUGGGGCACAAAGAACAGGUCAGCCCGCCUUCAUGAGAGGAGGGAACCUGUGCGGAUGUGGAGUGUAUGACUGGACCAGGGCGACGUUCACACACACCACACCACACACACACACACACACAACCACACACACACACAAACACAUCUCCUCUCGCCACAAGAAUGAUUGUAAAGCAUUUUCAAAAGCGGUGUAUAUGGUUUUAGGGGCGGGGGGGUGGGACAAAAUGGCCAUCAGCCUGAAGCAGACAGUAUAGACAGACAGUCCAUACCAUGGCCCACAUUUCUCUGUUACACACACACACACACACACACACAUCUACCUGCAGGUCCAGCCAACCGUCGGUGCUGCAUUCCCUCCGAUUGGUCUGUUAACUGUACUGAUGGACAUUUUUAAAAACGGAUUAAACUAAUAUGAUGCCAGGUCAAUGUAAAUAUGUGAUCAGAUUUGGUACACGGCUAAGCCCCGGUGUGGUCCAGGCAGGGUUCAGAAUUAACCUUUGGUCCACCAGCCAAAUGGCUAGGUAAUGUCAGACCUAUACCAGCCACUAAAUAGAUUAACAUAGUUUCUUUCGGCUGGUGAGUGAAGCAAAUCUACCAACCCCUUGCAUAUUCACCAGCAUUUGGCUGGCAGGUGGUUUUAAUUUUGAACCCCGGGUCCAGGUUCUGGCCCACACUAACAUCCUGUCAGUGAGCAGCUUUGUUAUACUUUUAUUCACUAAGGUCAAAAUGCUUUUUGAAUGGUGAUCCACGUUGGCUCCCUUGACUCUGAUUUUUAUUUAAGACGACUUCUAUACUAGCUUUUAACUUACCUAGCAUAGUUUAUUGAAAUAAAACCAUGUUUUCACAACCCGAAGGACCCACAAAGGUUCGGGAAAGACUGGAUUUUAGUGAUUUGGGAAUGGGACUUUGAAUGAAGUUUGUGAAUGUUCAGGUUUCACUUCAGCUCUUUAUAAUGUAAUAUAAUAUCAUUUAGGAAUGAAUGGGAUUGGUUAUAUUACCUCUGGCUGGAGGCUCAUGGGAACUGUAGGAUGACGAGCCCUAAUACAUACUGUAUUUCAAGAGACCCAAUAGGGACCGUUAUUGUUAAAUGAAAAUGAAUGAAUGGUCCACUGCAAAUAAAACAAAUGGUCAUAGAGACAAAAGUUACCUUUUAAGGAAUAUUCUAGUGAUUUGGUAUAACACUGGGGGACUCACAAGAGACAUAUUUAUAAAAUAAAUAAGUAUGAGAGGAUGAGAUAAUCUGAUACUCUUCCCAUCUGGUAGCCUGACAUCACCAGACCACAUCGCAAAUGUGAUUUACUCUGAAACCUCUCAGUUCAUUUUGGAUUUGCAAGCUUGUUAUCAACUACCGUAGUACAGAAUGCCGGAUAGACCUACCACCAGGUAGACCUACCACCAGGUAGACCUACCACCAGGUAGACCAGGUAGACCUACAACCAGGUAGACCUACAACCAGGUAGACCAGUUAGACCUACCACCAGGUAACCAGAGUCCACAGAAAUCCACCAGAGGUUAGAACGAACACAGAGACAGAGGACGGGUACAGAGACACAGGACGGGGACGGACAUUUGGCAGCACCGGCGCAAUCCCAGAAAUGGAACGUCGUGGAUCUAGACUAUACUGUUGACACCGGACUAACCAUGACUAGUACAUUGACCUGAACAUGAAUAAUAUAGAGGGAAGUUAACUUGAACAUGUGCUCUAAAAUGUUUUUAUUAAAGCUGUCAUCAUUCAUAAAGCGUUUUGAUCAUUUUCAUGGUGAUAGUGAAGCAGCUGCACAGGGAUCCUGACAGGAUGGGGUCAUGAGCCACAGUCCUGGACCAAAGCGGUUUUAAAAGCUCGUGUGGGUUUGUGUUCGACUGUGAGGGGGGGCAAUCAGCACCUCAGUAAGAGAAAAGAAAGAGAGCCCAUCACAGAACGCUAAACACGCCACCCCAAACACACUCGCACUCACGUCCCCAUCCGAGGACAAUUACCCACGAAUGUCAUAGGACGAGAGAACAGACGUCCCAGUCGGUAUGGGGACAAACCAGAAGCUGCUGUCUUGUUCUUUUCUGUUUGUUUUGUAUUAAAUGUCAAAAGGCCAACACUGUAUCAUCUCUAAUAAACACACAGAGAAGUUGGAA